AUGGAGCCUGGAACGGCUAUUACGAUGUUCAUCAUCAUAAGCAUGCGGAUCGACAAGGAGGCAGCCAACGGCAUGUUAGCCAACAUCGAGGAAACCCUCAGCAACAACACGAAGUCAUUCCCCUUGAAACAGCUUGUGUAUACCAGCGAUCAACCAUCCAACCUUGUCUCUUACAACAUUCUGGAGCGAACCACACGACGAAACGUCCGAUAUGAUCCGUUUGGAAACUACCCUUCACCCUACAUUCCAGUUAUUCAAGCUAUCGCUAAGAUGGAAGGUGUUAUAUCCUGUGCUAGCGUCUCUAUAGGAGGCGUUGUGGAUGCCGUCGGCAAACUGAUCAAAGACAUCACUGACAGUCUGCGAUCUGCUGGUGGAGCAAAAUCGGAAUACCAGGAACUCACCAAGGAGCUUGAGGCGCUCAAGGCUGCCCUAGAUGGUCUAGACCAGCUUGACAGCAGCACAGCCCCCUCAGCACUUCUUGACACAAUCAAGUUCAUCGCCGCGGACUGUCGCCAACGACUUGAAGUGUUCUGGGCGAAGAUCGAGAGAUACGGGUCUUCCCUAGGCCCCGCAAGUCAAUCCAACGCUCUGAGAAGUACCAUGGAUAAGCUCGGCUGGACGUUCUUCCAGAAAGAGGAAGUUGUGCAACUUCAGAGAAAUCUCCAAUCCUACAGCAAUGUCAUCAACAUACUCAUGAUACGGCAUGUCGCGGGACAGGUGCAGGAUAUGAGGAAGGAUACAGGUGCACUAUGUACACGAAUUGCCGAACAGAUUCGUGACACACAUGACACUCUCACAGACGUUGGCAAGGAAGUAUCGAGCCAAGGGGUUGUAGCGAGCAACAUUCAGACACUAGUCACUGGCCUGCAUCAGUUCAUAUUCGGCGAGGUCAGAUCAUUCCUGGCCGACUUCGGGCAGUUGGCGAACAAAGUCUUCGAUGUUGACGAGCCCUCCUCCUCCAUGGCUAGUCCUUCCUUUAAUGACCCUGUACGGUCUCCAGACCGCGGUGUCUCCGACAUGGAAGACAGAAGGUCUCGCAACCAGGACAGUGCAGACCUGAGCCGUCUCGCGGAGUUGCAUCUGUACCGCGAGCUCAAGCAGAGCGUCCUUGAAUACAUCAUCGACUUGUACCAACCAGCCUACCCCAAUAACCAUGGCUUCUCCAUCCUCAUCUGCCGCCACGUAUUUGACCGCUCCUCUUCCAUCCCCGCUGCUGCCGCCUUGGGCCGCCGCAACGAUAGAGCAGACGAGUUCAUCAUGAUCCGCGCGGUUACACUCAGCGAGCCCGGAACGAAGAAGUGGACGCUCGUGGCUGAGAGCAGCAGGGCGUGCUUCGGUAUCGUACCUGCGUUGCAAGAAUUCUCGAAAGACUUGGAGCGCCAGAUGGGCAACAUGACGGCUUCGAUGACGGUGGACAAGAAGAGACAGCGGAAUGAGAGGGAUGAGGGCUCAAUUGAUCAGGAGAUGGUCGUUUCGGAUAUCGAGAAGACGAUUGGAAAGGUUGGCGCACUUGUGUGA